UGUAUAUAGUCGUUUGGUUAUUACUUUCCUACUUGUUUACCUCUUAAAGAUUAAAGAGAGUUGUUAUUACUUGCUACUUCAGGUUGGUAUAUCUGAAAGUGGGAUUGAUGAUGCUGUUCAAAACUUGGUUGCUCGGGGGUUGGAAGGGUGGAGCAGUUGGAGACAUCCGUGCUAGAGGAGCCAACUCUGUUAUUCAAAGAAAAUUAGUUCAGGUCAUCACUCCAUCAACCACUGUGGAGGGUAAUAUUGGGCCUGAUGCCAACUAUCUGCUUGCAAUAAAAGAGGGUAGCACCAUCUUGGAUGAUGGUUCAGUUGUGUAUGGAUUUGCUUUUGUUGAUUGUGCUCGUCUUCGAUUUUGGGUUGGCUCCAUUGAUGGUGAUGCAUCAUGUUCUGCUCUGGGAGCUUUAUUGAUGCAAGCAUGUUUUGGGACAUCUUAAUUCCCUAUUUUUCAUUUUUAUAAUUAGGGUAUAGGUUUCAUGAAUUGUAACUCAUUUGUAAAACUUUUAGCUAAUUUAAUUUUGGGCAUUGGUGCUUAGGCGUCGCCUAAGGAAGUAUAUAUGAAAGUAGAGGUGAACAACAAUCUAUUCUCAAAUACAUGUCAAAUCUAAAGGUCCAUUAUUUCAUGUUAAAAUAUAAUGUUUUUUUCAGGGCUGUCCAAAGGAGCUCAGAAAGCGCUUAGAAAAUUCUCAUUACAUGGUGAGAUGUGAUCUUCUGUUGCUGGUGUGGGGAUAUAUUAAUGGGAUUUUAUAUGGGUGUUUCUUCGGCUUGGGAGCUACACAUCUAUUACAGCAAUACUUGAAAUUGAUUUCGCACGGUUCUGUAUAGUAAUAAACAUCUUGUGGUUGGAAAAUAUUAUGAUAUAUUUGGUAA